GGAGCUCUUCCUCAUUCACUUUGACUCACUGACACUUGGGGCACUCACGGUUUAAAACUCAGUCAGUUUGCCUGAAUGUCCUAUCACCUUCAAAUAGUUGAUCUAAGCAAAACACAAGUUCAUUUUUAGGACAGUAGCUUUGUUCAGCUCAAGGAAGUCACAAGUGAGAUGGCGCCUCUGAUGUUUAAAGAUGCCUUCUGGGUAAGUGCUGUUGGUUUUUUUUUUUCAUGCUCUAUUGUUGUCUAACUGUGCUUACAGCCAUUCAGUUAGUCCCUAUUGGGAUUUUAUAUUAAAUUACCAUUGUAUAAAGUUAAAAGCUAUUGUGUUUACUCUAUUGAUAUCGUUAACAACACUUGAUUGUCACAGCUGUCAUUGUUUUUAAUACAUUAUAAGUGAGCAGAAACUGUCCAUCUACAGUCACUUAGCCUACAUCUGUUAUUACAUAAUACAAAGUUUCUUCUUUAUCCAAUAUGGCACAGAUCAAACAUGUUUUAAUCAAAUUACUGAGGAACAGUGUAGUGAUGAAAAUGUAUUUUUCAUGAGUGAACAGUCUCUGUUGAGUUGCUAAGUGAGCUAAAGAGAUAGUUAACAGUUAUACAAUUCAUAAACUCUUCUCUGCACUCAAAGUCUCAACUCUGUGAUUAAGUUACUGUAGUUUCUGCUGUCCUUUUUUGCCUUAUUUGGCUGUUUUCUGCUCUCCUUAGAAGGAGACAGGCAUUUUCAUGUAUUACUGAGAAUGUUGUUGUUUCAUACUAUUUCUUGCAGCCGCCUAGUUCUGCAUUUUCACCACAUACUGAUUCCCGGAGUGACUGAAGGCCGUGUUUCAAAAUGUGUUGGGCAAUUCCUGUUUUGUGAUAUUUUCUAUGUUCGGUCAAUACAGGGGUCUGACUUCACUUGCCACGCUGGAUAUGAGGCUCUGAUCCAGAGGUUACAAGAUGGAAGACAUAUGUGCAAAGAUGUGGAAGAGCUUCUAAAGAUGAGGUAUCACCAGUUUGUAUUAGAGUCACUAACACCAAAGCUUAAUAUUCAACGUCUAGACACAGGAUUUUCAUAAAUCUAAACUAUCAUCACAUUACAUCAAAUCAGAAUUUUGUUAAUAUGUAUGAGUCUGACCAACUGUUUUUUGCAGUGUUAAUAGAGUAUAAGGGUUACUUCAGGAAAGGUUGUCAGGAAACAGUAAAAUUGCACUCAAAAGCUGUUCAUGUCAAACAGUGAAGUUGUGGUUAAAAUGGACUGUCAGUGUUAAUUCAUGCGAAAAGCAAGGCCUCCGCUACUUAAGUACUAACAAGGUGAAAGUGCAAGUCAUUGUUUCUGCAUAUUAAGACAAAAGCAGGAACUCUUUUCUAACUGCAAGAGUUUUCAAUUUUACAAGGAAACGCUAAAAAUAGAUUCAGUUGUAUACGUCUGUGUGUUCAUAUUGCACAGGGCUCAAGCAGAGGAGAAGUACGGGAAAGAGCUGGUGACUAUUGCUCGCAAAGCAGGGGGACACACAGAGAUCAGGUAAAUCAGCCCUGAUGUUUGGGUCAGUCGAGUGUGCUGUGUGGACAUAAUAUGUGCAUCUGUGCUUUUCUAAAACAAACUCUCGUUUUAAUAAAACACUGUUGUACAAUUACUAUAUUGUUUAAUGAUGAUUUAUUAUAACCUAGAAACAAUAAUCAUGUGUCUAUGAGUCAUAAUCUUUUAAUAGGAAUCACAUAUUUCACAAAAAGAGGCAAAAAGUACACAGUAUGCAUGUGUUCACCGGUGAUGAUUAUGCUGCAGUUUUUAGCACUCAGCAGUCAGAUUAAGUUCACUCUUUUUUGAGACUCUCAGGGAAGAAAAGGCAAACCAUAGCUCAAAAAUAAAAUACUGAGCACCUGCUGUGUUUAGUGAAAAUGCUUCAUUUGACUCUCUGUUCUUACAUAUGUAUUGUUUUUUUUCAGUACUCUGCGAGCAUCCUUUGAACAAUUAAAAAUGCGUAAGUUCAUCCGUUCAUUCAUUUGAUACAAUUUUAACCAGGAUGUGAAGCACUGCUGCUACAUCUUGUAUGGCUACAGUUUUGAGUCAGUCAUUUAAUAGUUUUUUUUUUGGACUGCAGAAAUUGAGAACAUCGGGAACUUCCACAUCCACUUAUCUGAUAUAUUGAAAGAGGAGGUGAAAAAGAUUGAGACAUUUAGAGAACGCCAAAAGGAGCAGAGGAAGAAGGUACUGAGCGAGCUGCUUUCCUUAACCGCUGAUUAUGUGUGUGUGUGUGAGAGAGGGGUAUUACUGACAUACUAACAUAAUGUAAGGUUUUAAUAGCUCACUACAGACAAAGUAGAAAAAUAUAUAUGUCAUCCUCUUGUUUCCCUCUAUAGUUUCAGAGCAUCAUGGAGAAAGUUCAGAGGAAAAAGGUCUCCAUGUACAAGAAGACUGUGGAGGUAGAUAAACAGGCAGUGAAUAUACUCUUUCACAUCUUACAAACAAAUCUUGACUUCCUCUGUUAUGGUGGAGAAACUGACAAGAUGGCAUACUGCCAUGUGACCAUUCCUGAAAUAAACAUCAAAUAUUUCACAGCUUUUCCUGUCAUUGCUGGAACUCUGUACAUCGUGGUUUCUGUUUUAAACAGUCAAAAAAAAACUAUGAGCUGAGAUGCAAGGAGGCGGACGAGGCCAAGCAAGGGGCUGAGAAGACGGCUGCAACAUCAAAAAACCAAGACAAGGUGCAGCAGCUAACAUUGCCAAACAAUAUCAGAGCAGAUGGUGGUGUAGAGAGAAGUUAGGCUACUUGUUUCAUCUCGACAUAGUCAUUUUAGCCUACUCCAAGACAAAAAUAUCUAUCAUGGAUGUUUUGUUGAUGACUAAUUUGGCUGAAGUUGCAGAGGAGGAAAAAUUCUGUAAGAAGUAGGACUUUUUUUAACUUUAGACAAGAAGGAACUAAAGCCUGCUGCUGUGAACCUCCUAUAAAGGAAACCCAGUUAAGGACAUUCAAACAAUUGAGCUCUGCUUAUGUUAGAUUUGUAUUUCCAGGAAAAUAUACAAAAAUGACAUAUCUGACAUGUUCUAGUGAAAAGAAGAAACGGAAAGAUCACAGGUUGUCAUGCUGAUCAUACUUGUUGUUUCCUGCGUUAUAAUUGACAGGUGCGUCAAAGAGCAAAGCAGCACAGACAGACGGCAAAUGAAGCAGGUAUAACCUUGACUCCUGUUCAAUCUCCCUUCAAUGCUAAUCUGCCACACUGAUGAUCACUCUCAAUACAGCCUUCACUGUUUUUCUGUUUAAGAUAGCAGUUCAUGGGUUAAACUGUUUUACACUGUGCAUUAUCUGUUUAAAAAAAAAAAAAAGAAGUCACGGGAGACUGGUAGCUGUCUUGUUUCCUUUUGAUUCAUUGUUGUUUCACUUCUAAUUGUACCAUCUCCAACCUUUCACAGAAAAACUGUACUUGAACAACAUCGUUCAGCUUGAAAGCAUUCGACAAGACUGGGAAGAAACACACAGAAGCACAUGUGAGGUACCUUGAAUUAAUUUCCUUUCACUCUUAAAGCACACUCAUAUCACAAUACAACAGACCUAAACCACAGAAGCAAGUUUCACACCACCUCCCCGUUCUGUACACAGCGCGAUUCUUUGUAUAGCGGACCUGUUGGUCUAAAAAUAGAGCAGCAUGCACACAAUUACGCUGUGAUUACCACGAUGCAUGAGUCAAACUUUGUCCUGACAGUUUAGAGGUGCAUUUUGCACCUCUGCAGUUGACUCAAUAGAGCAUACUGAGUACAGAGAGAGAAAGCAAUGAGAUGAAAUGAAAAUACUUGAAUUACUUUGAAUUAAAAACCCAUAAAGUGUGUUUGUGUUUGUCAGGUGUUUCAGCAGCUAGAGGGAGAUCGCAUCAACAUGCUCAGGUGCUCUCUGUGGGAUCACUGCAAUCAUUUCUCCUUGCAGUGUGUCAAAAAUGAUGAGGUGAGCUCACUUCCUCCUUCAUUAUACAGGGUCAAAGAAAUUCAAAAAAACAACACAAAACUAAUGGGUACAUUAACUUUAACUUCAUGGUCCAGAGGUGUUGUGCUGGAAAAUGUCAGUAGGCUAAAUGAAGAUGUUAAACACUGCAUGCUGUUAUAUCUGCUCAACAUCAACAUGAUAAGAAAGACAAUGCUUACGAAUGUACUGUUUGUAGCAAAUAAGCACACUGACUUUGAAAAGAGGGGUUAUAGCUUAGCAAAGUAAAAGGGAAAGUGCACAUAUUGAUUUGGUCUAAGAUUUAUCUUGCAUGUUUAAUUUAUGCUAAUACACUUCUUCCUGGGUUUUUAAAAUAAAUAGCUGCUCUGGAAAUGUCGUUUUCUAACCUCAACCAAGUUAGCAUAGUCUGUGCUAUUCAUGAACUAUGCAUUUACACAUAGUUUGGAUUUGUAAUUGGAUUUCCUCUUGUUUUAAAAAAAUAGCUUUACGAGGAGGUGAGGAAGGUGCUGGAACAGUGUGACAUUAUGAUGGACAACAACUGUUUCAUAGGAAUGAAGAGCACGGGGACCAGGCCUCCAGGUGAGUAAAAUCUAUGUCUCCUGGACAAGAAUCAGCACAAACUGGAGCAACAAGAGACUUCUUUUAUUUUCUCACUUGCUUCAGUUGUGUUUCAUGAGAUAUAAACAUGGCUCAGUCUUUGCAUUUAGUCUUGUGUGGGCCUACUGUGUGAUUUCUCCGUUUCUCACAGCUGUCUCAUUCUGACAUCUUCGCUGAAAGAAAAGUUAAACAAGUCUGAGAGCCCUGAUUUGUCUCAGCGUGAAGUCUCACAGUCUGAGAUCUAAAACUGUCCUAUAGUAGGGUUGGGCAUCUUACGUAUAGACGGGUUUCUGUGCAACUUCAUCGCAGGUAUGUGUAUGCAACUUUAUCGCAGGUACGCGCGCAGCCUUGGGGCAGAAAGCGGGACAUAUCUUAUUUGUUUACUAGCGGAGUCAACAGAGAAAGAAAAUGACAAGAAGAUAUUGUGCUGUAAACUGCACGAAUCGGCAAAACAAACAAUCAGCAAACAUUACGACCCUGCUUCUGAUAUUAGAAACAUGUAAAGCAACGUCACAACCUGGUAAAUUGAGUGAAAUUCAUUGAUAUCAGUCCACUCCGAAGCAGGCUUUUGCCCCAUGGUUGCGCACGCAUUUCUUGUACACAAGGCUGAUAUGGUACACAUCUCGAUACAAUGUCUCCGAUCCGAUAUGUUAAGGAUACAUGCGUGAUGCAAUUCACACCCAAAUAACGAUACAGAGCUACUCUCUGGGCUUUGCUCAGUGACUACACUAUCUUCUAACUUUGCUGUAGAGGGAAGGGAUCUGCUUUUCGGAGAAUAGUUUUCAGUAUGGUAUUUUAAAUCGAGGCUCAAAGACAUGGAGGAGGUGUUUGAAACCUUUGUUUUCUGUCAAACAGUAAGGCUGAAUAUCUUUGCAUAUGAUGAAUGCUAUUGCAAACGUUACUGCCAUUGAGCAUGUACAGUUAUUAGCAAGCGGGGCAUGGAAGAAACUUGAAACACUUCGCUCACCACUUUUGAAGUUGUCGGCUGCAGGCGAAUCCGAGCUGGGAGCUGGGGAUGCGGGGGUGGCGCCGAGUUAUCAGGUUAGUCGUACUGCCUGUGUAUUUUACAGCAGCGCGGCACAUUUGGCAAAUCUGUCUUGUAGAGUAGUCCGUCUUUCUUGUAGAACCCGUAGUGUCGCCAAACCUUAGAUUUACAACUCAGAGGAGGGUAAAUUAGCUCAGCGUCCGACAUAUUUGUUUACCUUACUCCUCACACUCCUUCUCACCGCUAGUAUUCAUCCGCGGCGCACGUAGUGAAUCCGCGGAGUUGAUACUUUAAUUUGUAGUCUACAUCCGCAAAUCCGAGUAAAUUAUGCCCCCAUAAUGGUUUGGUAACUAAAAAAUAAACCUUGUGUGUUAAACGGAUCUGAUUGUAUCGAUAGAAACAUAUAAUAACGAUAAAUCUCGAUGUGCAUUCAAAAAUGCAUUCACUCUCAGCUGCUCUACCGGAGCACCCGCAUCUUGCACGCGCGUGACAGCGUAUCGAUACGUAUCGGUUAAUCUUCUCAUCCCUAUCCUAUAGAUGUUCAUUCCUGGAUCUGAGCUGUGGGUCAAAUUUGUUUAAGCUUCAAACUUUUCUGCAGAUAGUCAUUGGUAGAUCUUAGUAGAGAGACUGGAGUAAAGCUCAUUAUGUGUUUUGUCACAUACAAACCACAAAAAUCUCAGCACCUCAUAGCUAUAGAUAGAGACUAGGAAUAUCACUUAAUGAGGAGAUACAAGAUAUUUCAUUUAAAGUCUGUGUAGCUCACAGAACAAUUAAGUUCAUGCACGAUUCGUUUCAUUCAGUUUACAUUCCCUUUUACCAAAACAAGGAGUGAGACUUCAAGAAGUUCUAACCUUUUCAGAGAAUUAACUAACAUUUUGUAUAAAGUAUAGAGACAAAGUAAAGGCUUUUGCUCCCAAACAGUAAAGAUUUCCUUUUUUCUGUGUUAUAUAAUUGCACUUUUUUUUUUUUUUUUUUUGAGUUUUUGACAAUUAAGAAAAAAGUGUUUGGCUCUGCCUGAUAAGACUUUGGAGGAAACAGUGAAACUCCAAAUAGUUUUCUCUUUUUAUGUCUGUCUUUGGCAAUAUUUCCACUGAAAGUUUGACAUGAGACAAAAUUAUACUUUAAAUAAUUUCUUUAUUUUUUACACAAUUUAUUCUCACUUGUCUUGUUGAAGUCUCUUUUUGUCUUCUUUGUUGCCCUUAAUGAUCCCACAUGAACAAUAAAGUAGUAUUUCUCCAUUCUUUCCCACAAGAUCAAAAUAAGUAACAAAUGAAAAGGGUUUUCUUUUUUGCUCUGGGAAUUUGAAAUUUAAAAGAGAAGUGAAUAAAGGGUCAGAUAAUAAGAAACAUAUUUAGUGCCACUCAACUCAUAACCUUUCUCUUUCAGUGUACAGGGUGGCAUAAACCACUUCACCUCACUUCCCUUUUUCUCUCACAGAGCCCAUGGUGUUUGAGAGCUACUACCAGAGAGACUCCUCCAGGGACAGCAAUGGUCAAACUCAUUUCGCAGGAGGAGGAGAAGACGACAUGAUGUUGAGGUCUAAAGUUAUCCCAUUUUUGUCAUGAAUAAGGAGACAGUCUUGUAACUCUGCAGGUUAGAGAGCAUGACAGAAAAACUUGAACAGGUUGUUGCUACACUGAAGUGGUCCUUUUGGUUCAACAUUCUCCAGUGCAUUCUUCCUCUUUCAACCACUUAAAGAAAAGAUCAACUAAUUUAAAACAUUUGCAUGCAGCAAUGAUUUAUAUUCAUUUGGCUGAUAAUCUGAACAUUUCAAUAAGCAAUAUUAAGAUCUCUUUUGAUCAUUAAGGUCUUCACAAGGUCUUCUGGCAAGCUCUGUGAACGUCAGUGUGGACAGCCUUCGGAGCUCACGAUCAGCAGUGACAUCUAGUGGUGAAAGUAAGUAGUGUAUGCACUUUUUGAGCCCUAUUAUAGCUCAGUUUUAUUCAGUCUUGAUGAACUUUUUUAGCCUGUUGUUAAGUUUUACACUAUGAUAAUGAUACAUAAGCAUAGAGGUGUAAAUGAUGGAUGUUGUGAAAUACUCACAAAAGUUUUAUCUUUUAGCCUAUGUUGUUUUCCAGCAAGUAUUGCCACAUCAUGGUUGUAAUUUUAGGGCAUAAAUUGGUACAUGUAUGCACUUAAUGAACUAUUUUGCUUUAUUUUGCCUUUCAAAUAAGUGAACAUUUAGCAUCUGCUUUUAUUCUUGUUUCAGUGGAGAUGUCAGAUGAUGGGUAUGCACCACUGCCAGGCUUUCAGCGUGCAGCAACACCGCCCACUGUUCCAGCUGAUGGCAACUGCUACAUUGCACUUUAUGAAUACUCUGCACGGGUGACGAUAAUACAUAUUUUAUUUUAUCAAUAACUUUCUCACUGGACACAAAAGUAAUUGUUUCAUUGAAAAGUGCAUUAUUGUUUGAGAUAAUAUGAGUUGUAUGUGUUCACAUUGAUUGGUCAGGAACACGACGAGUUGUCUGUCAGUAGAGGGGACAUGGUGCAAGUUUUGGAUCAAGGAGAGGACGGCUGGUGGACAGUGGAGAAGGAUGGGCAGACUGGACUGGUGCCAGGAAACUAUCUGGGUAAAAUCUAAACUCAGGGAAAGAAGAAAAUAAAUACAAAUGCAGCACAUGCAAAAACACAUUCCUGUGUUUUGAUGUGUAGGUCAUACAAGCCAUUUCCUACAGACUCUAUACAAACAAUUUACACACACACACAGAUACACAUCUAUCUCAUGCUUUCUAACAGUAGGCUUUUCCAUGUCAGCAAUUCAAAAAAAAGAUUAUUAAAAGGCAAGUCUGAUUUAUGAAUAGAUCAGCGUUCUUCUUUUAUAACAUGCCUUAAUGUCCUUUGUCCUAUUAUCACAUUUUAUACUGAGUCAACAUCUCAACUAAGUCCUGUGAUCAUCAUGCCUUUGCACUUUCAUAUUUAUCCAGCAUCAGCACUAUUGCAUUGAUGUGAUCUCACAUUUCAUUAGUGUUUCAAAAGCUCCAGAGGUAAACGCACAGCAGGAGCGUCAUGUACACACUCAGUCAUGCACACACAUGAAGCUAUUUCACCCUGCCUCUGUUACUACCUCUAGUCACUGCACAGAGGUGAGACAACUUGGUCCCACCAUCAGGCCUCUGUGGGACUCAUAUUAAAGGCUACAUGUUACUGUACCACCAGUAGUGAAAGGACUAUUGAAACUCCAAUACAAUCACUGUAUCACAAUCGCUCUUUCUACAUUGCAGAAGCAAAAGUGUGUUGACUUUAUGAAUGGACAAAAAAAAAAAAGGUGUUGAGUGAAAUUCUGUUGAUCUGUCAUGUUUUCUGUUUGUGUUGCUUUUGCUCAGAUUAGAAAACUAGUUUUUCUUUUUCAUGAGUUUGAUAGACCAUAAAAUGAGCCUAUCCUCAACAAAAGACUUGUUAGUUUUAUUAAUUGCUUUACAUUGUUGAUGUUUGUUAUUUAUAUAAGUUAUGAAUGAUCCAAGUCAGCUUGGUUGGAUGUUGUUUGGUUUGUUGCUCAGGUUAUUAUUUCUUUCUCCAUUAUUAAUGUGUGUUUGUAAUGUGUGGUGGGGGGGUGUUACAUUGUUUGGCGUAUGUAACAGUAUCUCUGCUGUAUACUUUACCUCCAAGUGGACCUUUAGCAUCAUGACUGUAAAAAAACAUGCCAAGAACAAAAUAAUCAAACACUUAACUUGAAA